CUCUUCGCAGAGAGGGACUUUGGACGGUCUCGACCGAGCCAACCCACCCAAAGGCCUUUCGGCAAGUUUGCCAGCCCUACAUGCAGCAGGGUUGAGUAACUGGUUCUCAGGUAGUCACGUAGUAGUAUAUCUAUCUGCAAUGCCACCCUUCCACUGUUCACAUCUCCCCUCCCUGGCUCCCCAGAACAUCCACUUUUACCCUCUUCUUACGCGGCAAGCCCUGACAGCCUCAUUAUGGAGAGCUUUACUCUCAUCAUAUUUUAUCUUGGCAUCCUGGUGGUGCCUAGCUUCUUCUUUUCUUCUCUUCGACGCUUGCUAGGAUGGUCUACAAAGACCUCUCUGGAUGUGAAGACAUCCAAGCCCCCUACCAAGUUUCCCGGUCCUAAGCAGUACCCCAUUGUCGGCCGGGUCCACGACUUGCCCAGGUUUGCCAUGUGGCUCAAGCUCAAGGAAUGGGCCGAUGAGUUUGGGCCGAUUUACCAAACCAGCAUGCUUGGUCAAAAGUUUGUGAUCAUCUCUGAUGAGGGAAUGGCUCAAGAUCUCCUCAUCAAAGAUGGCAACAAGUUUGCCGGACGACCCCAGAUCAGGGCUCUCAUUGAUCACAAGUUGGGCCCGGCAUACUCUGCUUUGAUGGACCGUCAUGACACUUGGAAGCACCAAAGAAAAUGGGUCCAUGCGGCUAUGGCGGCUGCUCAUCAGCAGCACUUCUAUGGUCAUAUCGAGAAUGAGGUUAAGCGAUGGCUUGUGACCCUCCUUGUUGACCCAGAGAAGUUUCACGGAAACACUCGCGAAUUGACUGGACGUAUAAUCAGCCGCCUCGCGUGGGAUGACUCAACGCAAGGACGCGCCUAUGGCGAGAGUGCCAUCGAAACUUUGACAAGGAUGUCAAUCUCAGGGCCAAUUGUCAAUACUAUGACACCACUGUGGCAUCUCGCCGACCUUGUCCGGUAUAACCCUUGGCGCAAAUAUGAAAUGAACCGGGAAAAGAACCAGCGGGCUUGGUGGUUGAAAACAUUCCGGCUCGCCAAGGCGAGAUAUCUGAAGGGAGACUUACCAACAGACACCUGGACCUACCGGUACUUCGAGCAGCUGCAGAAGAGUGGAAACGAGACUCUCAAGCAGACUGAAAAAGCCGAAGACUUCGCAGCCUGCAUGCUCGGCUUCCAGUGUCUUGUCGGAGUUGUCACUAUUUCUGGGCCCAUGCAAUUCUUCUUGAUGUGCAUGGCGCUCCAUCCUAAAUGGCUGAAGAAGUGCCAGGAGGAGAUUGACAGGGUCUGUGGCGACAGAAUGCCCACUCGAGACGACUUCGCCGAACUUCCGACAGUAAGAUCUUGUUUAAAAGAGACCCUUCGAUGGAGAUCUGGAGUACCUCUUGGUGAGUUGUUCCUCAUGAGGCAACGAAGUGGAGUGGGAUUGACAAUUGACACCAUCUGCCUAGGGGUUCCCCAUCAAUGCGAGCAAGAUUCCGAGUUCCGGGGUGUAAAGAUCGAGAAAGGAACUAUCAUCCUUGCCUGCGAGUGGAACAUCAACCGUGUUCCGGACAAGUAUCCUGACCCAGAACACUUUCGUCCGGAUCGCUACCUAGAUUCCAGUUUCCCCACGUAUCAGGAGCCUCUCAGUCGGUACCCGAACUUCCGUGACGGAGUGGGCAUGCAUACGUUUGGCUGGGGUCGUCGAACAUGCCUGGGCCAGAACCUUGUAGACGAUGAGAUGUUCGUCGCAGGAGCAGGUGUAUGCUGGGCUUUCGACAUGAGCCUCAAAAAAUGCCCCUCCACUGGCGAGGACGUGACAUUCGAUACACAGGCGACGAACUCCAACGUCAUUCUAGAGCCUCUGCCAUUCCCCAUGCAGUUCAAGAUCAGAAACCCCGAGCGAGCCAGAGAUGUAUUUGAGGGGUACAAUGCUGUCAGGGAUGCAUUGAAGGUUUGAUCCUGAAAGCUCGAACAAUUUGAGGCAAUGGUGUGAUUCAAUAUUUUGUUAUGUAGAUAGA